CUGCAAACCACUUGCCUGACAAGCAGGAUCCAUCAGACCCACGAUCGCAUCGCAUCACACCACACGCACGCACGCACAAACACACCGCCCAGCACACGAGCAUAGCAUACCAGACACCAUGCCGCUCGACACGUCGGCGUACUCGCUCGCGCUGCUGCGCAUCGACGGCAGGCGGUGGAACGAGCUGCGCCGGUGCCACGCCCAGAUCCGCACGCAGGCCGCCGCCGACGGCUCCAGCUACCUCGAGAUGGGCAACACAAAGGUCAUGUGCGUCGUCACCGGCCCCAGCGAGCCAACCCCGGGCCAGCGCCGCACGGCGGGCAACGUUACGGCGACGGGGGCAGGUGGCGGCGGAGGAGGAGGAGGGGGAGGCGCCGGGCAGUCCAAGGACGCCGAGGUGGUGGUCAGCAUCUUCGUCGCGGGGUUCAGCUCGGUCGACAGGAAACGACGGGCCCGGAGCGACAAGCGCAUACAAGAGCUCCAGGCGACCCUGUCGCGCGCGCUCGCGUCGACGCUGCACACGCACCUCUUCCCGCACAGCACCAUAACCUUCUCGCUGCACGUGCUCGCCCAGGACGGCUCGCUGCUGGCCGCGCUCAUCAACGCCGCCUCGCUGGCCGCCGUGGACGCGGGCAUCCCCAUGAUCGACUACGUGGCUGCCUGCACCGCGGGGUCGACGUCGUCCUACGCCGCCGGCGACGACUCGGCCGACCCGCUCCUGGACCUCAACCACCAGGAGGAGACGGAGCUGCCCGGCCUGACGGUCGCCACGCUCGGCAGCUCGGACCGCGUCGUCGUGCUCAACUGCGAGAGCCGCGUCCAGGCCAGCCGCCUCGAGGGCAUGCUCGCCGUCGCAGUCGACGGCUGUAAGCAGAUGAGGGAGAUUCUGGACCGCGUCGUCAGAGAGAGGGGCAGACGCAUGAUCCGCGAAGGUACAAUAGAGAGGGCCGACACCCUGGGAAUGGAGAUCGACGCAUGAUCCGAGGCAUGAAGUUUCAACGUUGCAAGUAGGGGCCAUCGUCCGAGCGUAGGGUAUCUGUCUGGCAUAAUGACAAUUCGAUAUACCUCGGGAUUCAGCAUCAUCAAGCAACGGCACCAACAAGCAGUGUCGUUACAGCUCGUCGUGUGCCGAAGGCUUCGCCGUCUCGGAGUCGGGGAUCGGGUCGGUGGCCUUGGUGUCCGACGAUGAGCUUGACUCCUGUGCGGGAGACGGCGUGGCCUCGGCCUCGGGUACGGUAGCGGCGACCAGAUCCCCAGGCAGCUUGUUCUUGGCACCUUCGCCCAGACGGAUGGAGUCGAUCCAGGACUCAAUGCUGUUUGGCGCAAAGUCGGCGCCUUGGUAGUGCUUCCACCAGCCCCUGCGUGCAUUGAUGGCGACGAGUUCGACGGGCUUGGUGAGCUCCAGCGCCUUGAUGACCGCCUGCGCGCCCAGGUUGGAGGGGGAUGGGACGGCGAAGAAGGGGAACAGCUUGCGCUUGCUUUGGGCGUGCUUGAAAGCUAGUUCUGCGAGCACCGUGAGCGCAGCGGUGGCAUCAUCGCUCUUGUCGUCGGCGCCGGGCACGAACGCGAGCACGCACGUGUUUGACUUUUCAUUCAGACACUCCUUGGCCAGCUUCUCGGCGCUGUGUAUAGUCGGCACAGGCGGCGCAGCCUCGAUUAUGACGGGCGCUUUGACAGUCUCGGACCCAGCCUCAGCGGAGUCGGUGGGGGUGUCAGCCGAGGCCUUCUUCUCGGGCUCAGCCCCCUUCUUGCUGGCCUUCUCCUUCUUGUCCUUGCCCGUCUUCUUCUCUGCCUUCUUCUUUUCCGACUUCUUCCCGCUCGAGGGUGCUGGGUCGGGGUUCGGAGCGGCGGCCUGGGACAGGAACUUCACCAUGUCCGGCUUCUUGUUUGGGCCGUCGUACUUGAUUGGGUCCUUGCCGUCUCCCGGGAUCAGAACCAGUGUGGGGAAUUUGUCGAUGCCGAACUUCUCGACCGCCUUGGUUUCCUUGUUCCUAAUCUGGGCCACGGAAAUGGCGUCGAGAAAGUCGAUGGCAACGCCCUUGAGAAGCGCGCUAGUGGUGCCCUUGUCCGUGAACAGAAUGGCCUUGGGGCCCUCGUUCGUGCCGAGGAAGUCAUCCAGGUCCUUGUCGGUAACCCUCUUGACGUGGUUAUUCAUGCGCUCCACAACAGCAUCGACGAUGCCGGCAGCGGUGCGGGGACCAUUGUAGUCCUCGACGGCCGGCUUGCCUGCCUUCUUGCCUGGGCGAAUUAUCUUCAGGGUCGGGAAGCCCUGGAUGCCCAUAGUGCCGCAGAAGGGUUUGUUGCUAUCAUCGUCGCAGUCGAUGGCCGCCACCUUGGCCAAUCCCUCGAGGUUUUUGGCGGCCUUCUCGUAGGCAGGCUUGAGGUUUUGACAGUGCCCGCACCAUGGCGCGUAGAACUCGAGUAUCUAUGGAGGCAAUCAAGCGUAAGCGACUAGCUAGUACGGCCCUACUCUUUCUACCUGGGGUGGAACUCACAGUCGUUUGGUUGGACUUGGCAACCAAGUCUUGGUAAGUCUUGCCGUUGACCUGGAGGACGGCGGAGCUUUUGGGGUACAUGCCAGCCUGCGCGCCGGGGAGGGCGGCGGCCAGCAGCGCGGCGGCAUAGGCGCAGAGUGUGGGGUGAUGCAUCUUCCUUGCACCGAAAGUUUCAGCUCGAGUCUUGUGGAGAGCCCUCUGCCUACUACGUCAGCGAGGAGAGCGACAGCUUUGGCGGGGACGGCGGCGUCAGUGGGCAAUCCAGUGGGGGGAUACGUGGUUGGUCAACAAAGGAAAGAGAGGGCAAUGCUCGUGGAGAAGUAGGCGAGUACAGGCUACAUAUAAUGGUGCGAUUGGCGGGUUUCAGAGCGGCAUUGUUGUCUUCUUCGUCCGCAAGCUCAAUUUGGAAAAAAGGCCAGCGUGGAAGAUCGCGGAAGACGGGGCAGGGGUCCUGCAGCUGCAUACCACCGCGAUUGCUUCGCCUGAUUGAUGCUGGUGGGGCCAUUUCAUCAUCUUCUGGGGCGAUGAGGGGUAAAGCUCAGCGCUGGCCUCUGCCUCGGCGCCAACGGCAGCUUCAGCCACCUGUGGCACGAGCUUAGGCAGAGACCACGCACGCCUAUGCUCAUGUCCGUCAUCAGCUGUCGCCUUUGCGAUCGCCUUGCAACAUCAAAGCGUCGCAAGCUCAGCAUCACAACCACCAGAGGCCACCAGAUACCCCAAACCUAGAGUUUUCUUUUUUUUAAAGACACAAGUCCUCCUCACCACACGGACAUCGC